AAAUUAUGUAAUUAUACCUACCUCGAUUUUACAUGACUCAAAUCUUUAGCAGAUUUAUCAAGCCAACGCCUCCAAAAAAUGUUAAUCAAAAGAAAAGAGCACUAUAAUUAGCAAUCAAAGAAAAAUAAUAACAACUUGAAUAAAGUGGAUUAUUAGAUGAAAAUCUUAAAUAGGAAAGAUAUACGCACACUACAAAUUACAAUUUUGAAACUUAUUUAAAAUACACUAAAUUAGUAAAGGCAGAAAAGGAAAAAGAGAUUCAAGUGAUCUAGCCAAAGUAAAAGCGUGUAGCAAUUUAUGAUCGUCCUAAGUAAUAAAGCAGUUAAAUAUAUUAGAUUUGAUUUAUCAUUAACUGAUUAUUAUGCUUGGACAACAUUUCAUGAUCCAUAUUACAAACCAGAUGAAUAUUCAGAAAUUGUGGUGUGCAAAAUUUAUUUAUCACCAAAAUGGUUAAUUCAUGCAUUUGGAAUGGGAAUGGAUCCAUGGAGAAACAGAUUAGCCACAAAAGAAUUUGAUUUUGAGGAUUCAAAUUUGGAUAAAUUUUGUUUGUAUAAUUCCUACAUCAAUAUUCAAGGUAUGAUGCAAAACAAACAACUAAAUAUUGGGGACCCAACAGAUCAGAAUAAUUUUAUAACAAAUAAUAAUAUUUGAAGCCUAUUUAUAGAAAGAAAAGAUGGCCUACAUUUGAAGAAUUCUGGAAUUAAGAAGAGAAAGCUCCAUUUAGAGUAAAUUGUACUCGAUAUGGAGAUUUCAGAAAAUUUAAAGAGUGGAUUUAAUAGGAAGUAAUAAAUUUGUAUAUUACUUAAGAUUGAAAGAUGUUCUAAAUUGGCAUCAUUUGAAGAGAGAGUUUUAUAGAAGUAUGGAAAACCAGAAUUUUAUGCAGAUUAUUCUAAGAAUUAUUAAUGUAAGACAGAACCAGCUGUUUAUAAAUAUACUAGAGAGUAUUUCUUGGAAAAGGGAUAGAAGUUAGAUUAAUCUAAUGUGUAUGAAUAGUUUCUGUAUUAUUUAGUUUGAACAUACCUUUGUAACCACCGGAACAUUUGGGUGAAGAAUAUCGUGUACCAAAUAAAUGAUAAUAAUAUGU